UUAUCAAGUACAUACGACCGAAUAAAAACACAAAAAAAAUAUUUUUAAAAAAAUCGCAAAAGUAAAUGUAAAUUGAAAAACAGAAUCGGGGGUUUGCUGAGAUUAGCACCCUCUCAACGUGAAACAUGGCACCAAAAAGAACUACAAAGCGCGAGAAAAUAUUGGACUUAAGCAUGGAUCAAACGCGUGGGGGUCAUGGUGGCGCACGGGGCAGCAUAAGUCAUCAGCCAAGUCAACGACUCCGCGCGGGCGCCAACUCCAGGAGCACGACGGCCCUAGCCGUGCGCACCCCGCGGCCCCACCGGGAAGGGCAGGACCAGGAUGAUGGGGACGAGGCCCGGGGCGGGGCGGCUUCCGUCGUCCCUUACUCGUCGCCGGAAUCGGGUUUCAGGGGCUACACGUUCGAGGUGGGCGAGGCGCUCAAGGACAUGCGCCAGGACCGGGAGGUCAAGGGCGGGCUGAUGGGUCCCCUGAGGGCUGUGGCGGAGUUCGAGCGCGCGCAGGAGCAGCGCAACGAGGCCUUUCGCCUCUGGCUCUCGGACGUCAUGAGGAAGGAGAAGGAGUUGGCCAAGAAGGCCGCCUUCACGGUGAUCAAGCGGCGCGACCAGAUGCUGCAGGAGGUGGGCCCGGACUGGUUCCAGCAGCUCUCCUGGGACCAGAUGCAGACCGUGAACGCGCUGCACCCGGCGCACCGCGCGGACGCCGAGGAGGGCGGCGCGGCGCGCGUGGCGCUCUGGUGCGGCCGGCUGGGCGUGUCGCCCAUCCCCAGCCCCCGCCAGAUCCGCCGCGCCCUGCGCCAGCAGCCCGAGGACCACGAGGCCUUCCUGCUCGCCCUGUACGCCGUCAUCAGCAAGAGCGGCAAGACGCCCGUGCCCGGGGACCCGCCCGCCCCCAAGCUCCGGACCGGGUUCGAGUACACGCCCAGCGAGCGGCUGAUCCUGUCCGCGCUCGCCCAUCUGCGCCUGCCGCACGUCAUCGGCAAGCUGGUCGAGCAGUUCGGCGAGCCCGAGAAGAAGCCGCGUUACUUGCGCAUCAAUCCGGAGGUGCCUGGCCAGCGAGCUAGACCGGAGCGGUACCUGUGGCCCUACCUGGAGCCGCUGCCGGUGCCGCAGAUGGACUGGCUGGAACUGUUCAGCGCCAACCACACGGCCUACGUCGAGAACCUGUACAUGCGCUCCCACAAGCUGCCCAGCACGCUGAUCGCCGAGCUACAGGCCAAGCCUCAGCUGCGUGUGACCAUCCCCCCACAGGCCGGCAGGCCAGCGGUGCGGAAGAGGAAGCCGAAGAGCAAGGACCUGCCGUCCGAGGACCUCCCAGCCGACACCCCCGGCGACCGCGUGGCCGCACCGGUGCAGGCGGACGACGACGAGGGCGCGGAGGCUCCGUCCCGGAAGAGGGGCGUGGGGGCCAGGAGCGGAGGCAGCAGGGGCAGGUCGGCGGCGGUGUCGACCGUCAGGACGCGGACCGUGGGGUCCUCGCCGCUCAGGGCGCCCGCCGAGCGCCCCAAGCGCCCCAAGCGCCCCGCCGCCAAGAGGGACGGGGCGGCCGGCGAGGCCGACGACGACUCCCCGGGAGUCGACCCCGCGAGCGUAGUGAGCUUCCUGGAGUCCCUCGCGUCGGAGGAGCCCCUGUGCCAGCUGCCCGACGUCCACCGCAUCCCCGCCAUCCAGAAGUGGGUGCGGCUCCGCAACGGGUUGCUGUACGUGCACCGGCGGUUGGCAGAGGUGCUGGAGGACCGCAGCCUCAUCAUGUGGAACGCCAACCACCUCGGCAUGUCCUACCGAGUGCCCACCCCGCGGCACGGCCUCACCCCCAAGCAGGUCCGGGAGCUCACGUGGGACCGGCGGGAGUGGUACCGCCGCAGGGUGGACCGGAUCAUGCGCGGCUACAACACGGCCCUGCGCACCAUCCAAGUGAACGCGGCGCGGGAGAUGUUCCCGGCCAUGGCGUGCGACUACUUCCCCGGCAGGGACAAGUUCCUCAAGACGUACUUCGCGUACAUGCCCAAGCACGAGAUGGACCAGCCGGUGGUGAAGCCCUGGAACCCGGGCGAGUACAACCAGAGCAUCCUGCCGCGGUGGAGGGACCGCUACUACCAGUGCAGGGUCUCGAAGUGAGGCUGCCUGCUGGAGAUUUCACACAACCAUUCAUUUGGGUACUCGGUGGCAGAGGUGGGUUCGCGACCGGCGGACUGCUUUCGACUCAGGGUGAAAAAAUAAGUUACAAAAGCCAAACGGCCCGGGUUGUGCCCGCGAGCCGCUAC